UUCAGGGGAAAUAGACGCUCGGCACUGUCCUUCAAUCUCUUGUUCCCACUUCUUAGAACCACCAUCACUGAGUCAUUAAUUUCCUUAUGAUAGCAGUAGUAGACAAAUAAUUUUACCAAAUGCGUUCUUACCAUAAUACAAAGCAGUAUAUUCUAUAGAGCACCAACCAGAAGUUAUUCCACUUACCAAUAUGCUUGUUCACCAUUUGUGUGUGGAGGGGGGAGGGUAGUAUUUGUGGAAUUUUGUGAUCUGUUGCUUGGCAACGGUACCUGAGAGAAUUAAGCUUCUGCACUCUGACCUGUCAGAGUUCCGAAGCUUGGUGAGCCCUGCUGAUGGCUUCCUGCUCAUAGGAGGAAAUGAGUUCUUCAUUAUGCAGAGGGUUUGAAAAUUUGUACCUCACAGCCUACCAUCCAGCGCUAUGUCACAAUUCUUGUUCUUGACUCCACAAGUUCUUCUCCCCUUCAGCCCUCUUACUUCUCAAGAAUUUGAUCAGAUCAGACACAAGGCCAGAGCAUCUUGGCAGGAUGAGACACGGUGGUCCGAUUCUUCGAUGACAACCUACUCAGGCAGUUACCGAGAGAAACAACUGGAUGAGUUCGCCCGCAGUCGACUCUCUUUCGGGGCGGCAGGACAGCAUAAGCCUGGGUGUAAACGGACACUAUUGCUGAAUAACUGUACCCACAAUCCUCUACUCUAUGGAGCUGGUACCCAAGAUUCUAACGAUGUCAAAGGCCGAUUCCCUGAUAUAACCCAGACCUUGAAAAAUCCACUUGAUGUCAAGCACAAAGUGGCACACCAGGCUUGGUAUUCUGCUGAUUUUCCUCCUGCACUUCCAAAUUACAGAAAAUCAUGUGCGAGAUCUAAGCAGCCAGCCCUGCAGACCCGGAUGAACCACAAACAUGUGGGGAAAAGCUUCCCGAAGCAUUUUCAGGGACAAUGGGAUUCUGUGAGUAAAGUCGGUUCAUCUGAUGACUCAGACGCUGAUCAAUACUGCGAUUACGGUCGGGGAGGACUGUUAUCCUUACUUUCCUGACUUAGAAACGAAGCCACAGGCUGGAGGCCCAGAAUGCGCGAUAAAGGACUCCGAGAUUCAACCCUAAAGAAGAAAUUAUGAGCAGAUCUUCUACUUCAUAAGGAAGAAUAAGUCUUGAUUAAUAACUCGAGACUACCUAGACUUGGAUAGGGAAGAAACAUGGAUCCCUCAGCUCCUGGGAGUUACCACACUUACCUCGGGCCUUCCUUUCUGGGCAUUUGCUUGUUUGGUUAAUUGUUACUACUCACAAAAUAAACCCCAUUUUGUGUGGGACUCUUUCAUUCUGAAGGAA